UGAGGCGACUCAAGAGUCGGAGACCGACACAAAGGCGGUGGCGGCGGCAGCAGCGGAGGGGCUCUAGAGGCCGCUCCUCUCGGGCACUCCGGGCCCACCUCCCUCACCUCGGCUACCGGCGCGGCUGCCCACCCGCGGGUCUAAGAUGGCGGCGGCAACAGAGCCGGGGCAAGCGACAGCCCCGAGCAGAAAGCGCCGGAGGGGCCGCCGUCGCUCGGCUUCGGAUCCCCAGACCCUGGCGCGGCUCGCUGCGGGACCAUGGCUUCCUGGGACUCUUACCUGCCCGGAGCGGACUCGAGGGGACGCGGCUACACGUUCUGCUCGACCGCCCGUUUUGCCGCCUCCGCCUCGCCCUCCCCAGCGCCGCUGCCGCCAUCUUGUGUCCCGGGCCGGGACUCCGCGCUGCGCAUGCGCUGGCACCGCCUCUGAGGGACCUCGCCACGGCCUCGCCGCCAUCUUGAGUGUGGCAGGGUCGGCUGUCUUCUCGCACCCAGCUUGCUUUCGGCCCCCUCCCCUUCCUCCCAUCCGUCCUGUCCCUGCUGUUCCUUGGGACACUGAGGAGGGAGAGAGCUUUGUAGGCCUGCGGGUGGACUGAGGAAGGAAUGAAUUCACUGGCACGCCCCCGCCUCAGUUUCCCCCGCCGGCACACCCGCAGGAGCCGCAUACUCUUGGUGGGCGGUGCCCGGCGGGGUUGGACUGAGCGUGCGCACUCGGGGGCGUGGGACCGUCUUAGAACCUGUUGGGGUCUCUGGCUCGGCCGUCGGCCCAGGGGAGGAGUCCUAGUGACGCAGGCUCCGUACGUAGCAGAGACCUGGGUCCUGGUACCCGCGCGGUUCUGCCACUUCCGGUCAGUCUAGUGCCUUUUCUGCGCCUCUGUGCUGCGUGGUGUCGGAAUGUUAUGCAGCCCUGCCCCAUGCUCGGGUACAUGCACAUCGAGCCC